AUGAGGAAGGUCCGACCCGUUCAGCUGAGCACAGCAGCUUUGAUGUUUGAAGUGGGGAGACAAGUAGAGGUCUCAUUUGAUGCAGAAGAUUGUCGAGAUGCUUGGUUCCCAGCAACUAUAUUGGACAUAUUAAGAAACGGAUCUUUCCUAGUGGGGUACCGGAGCCCAAUAGUUGGUGAUGAGGCUUGCCUUCUGAAAGUAAUCAUUGAUCCGCUCCAUGUCAGACCUUGUCCACCACUUCUUAAGAGUAAAAAAUUUGAUCUACUGGAAAAAAUUGAUGCAUCUUUUGAUAAUGGCUGGUGGAGUGGAGUAAUUACAAAAGAGCUUGAGGAUAGUAGGUACCUUGUCUUUUUCAAGGAGACGAGUAAGAAUAGGAAAUUCCAUCAGUCAGAAAUAAGACCACACAUGGAAUGGAAAGAUGGCAAGUGGAUCACUUCUUCCAAGGAUGUCUUGAUCCCAUCUUCAGAAGAUGGAAAGCAGGGAAGUCGUAUUUGCACCAAUGGCACUGCAGUGGCUAAACCAGUAAGGAGCUCAGGCAAUGGAAAGAACAACUCUAAAGAGAAAAUGGAGACUCGAAUGGAGCAAUCAACUCCUCACAAUCAGAAACCUUCUCCUUUUACUAAACAAUUGACUAAGAGCAGGCAUCUUUCACUUUUUGAUUCUCUCGAUACACUUUCACAGCCUCUGAAGAAUCUCAAGGAAGGAAAAGCAGUGGCCCCAUCUCGUACACUGCAUCAACAAACUAUACUUGAAACGUCAAGUAAAUAUGUGCAGGAUGGUUCUAUAAGCCCAAUCUCUGGAAAUACCAUGACCAGCUCUGUCAAACCGCCUGUGCCUCAGGACUUUUCCUCUAAUAAUCCUUACUGGGGGAGGAGAAUUCAGAGAAAACAAGGAAAACAAAAGAAGCCUACAUCCAGUUCUAUGAAGAAAAGAGGAAGAGCACAAACACCACAAGUUGGAAAAUCAGAACUUGUAGAAGAUGUUCAAGAGGAGAAUGUGGAUGGGGAAACCGAUUUAGGGAUCAUCUUAGGUUUGGCAUGUACUGAAUUGGGGAGCUCAAGACAUAGGACAGGGAGUUUAAGAGGUAAGAGGGCUUUGGAGUCCCAUGGUAAGGAAUCUUUGAAGCUUGUGUGUGUCCAGGAGCAGCUAUCAAAUGAUUCAGCUAUACAGAUUACAAAGGAGAGUAAACAAUCAGGUACUGAAGUGAACUUUCAGAAGAGAAAGAGGGGAAGGCCUCGAAGGAUAUUGAUCAACACCCUCCAAACUCUGGUAACAGGCACUACGCGAAAAGAUGUUUUCGAAGAUGAAAUGGUCCCAAAAGAUUGUACAGCAAAUGAAGUUUCUCACACGAGUAGUGGCCUUGAGAUGUCAGGGAUGAAGGGCUUGGUGGGUAAUCAGGAAAGCACAACAUGCACGGAUCAUGAGGAUCUCUUCAAUGGUCCGCUAAAGCAAAAACAUAGGUCUGUCAAUAUGAUGAAAACAGCCUUCGCAGAAGUCCCAGGUGAGAAAGUUUCUGGAACGUUAAUCAAUCCAAAUAAGAAGAAUUCAUCAAAGAGAGGAAAAGGAUGUUCUGGAGAUCAAAUGAUUGCUUGUCAAUUUCAAGAUGCAUCCCGUGAGAAAACCAUGGGUUCAAAUGUCAUAGUCAAGGAGGCCAAGAAAGUCAUUGUUGAAUUACCCAGCAAUAAAUUGGACGAUGAACCUCUUUGUAAGUGGAUCGAAGGAACACAGGCUCCAACUCCAGCUGCUUUUGAUGGCUCGGAAGUUAUCUCCACAAGGACUGCUGAGCAAUGUAUUGAAACAGGCAAGAAGCAAAAUAAAAUUGGGCCAAGUGAGCAGCAUAUCUUGCCCUUCGAGAAGAACACAAUUAUUUGGAAAACAAUUGAAUCCAUGGAAGUUUUCCGAAGAAUGCCGCAAAACCCACAUUUCCAACCUUUGGAAUCUUAUAAAGAGAGUUCUCGUGAAGGUUUAGCUGUAGGUUUUAUGGUGACCUUUUCGAGUGUGGUUGAUAAAGCUUCGAGGUUGCAAUUUAAUGAUCCUAAAAGCAUUACGGAUGACAUUUUGGAGACGCUUGUGGACUUGGAAAGGCACGGAUUUGAUGUUCUGGCAGUUCGCGAUCGCAUUAUUGGCUUGGGAUCAGUGAAAGAAAGGCAGGAAGAGCUUAUGGGCCAGUUAGAGGAAAUUAACGACCAAAUUUUUGAGCACAAUCUUGAGAUAAAUAAGGCGGACGAAGAGAUUGGUGAAAUCAACAAACAGAUAAGGAACUUGCAAGAAAAGCUUGCAGUUGCUGGAUCAACUAAAGAGACGAAGAAUUGUGAAGUUGCUUCUUUGCAGUCCAAACUACUGGAAAUAAAAGAGAGCAUCAAUAAUGUCAAUUGCCUGCAUUUAUUGUGGCGAACCACUCAUGAAAUCGGUUAUAAAGGUAAAAUGAAGAAAUUUGCAGUGAAGGUGGAGGAAGGGAAGGAAGGGAGAGAUGGACAGCCAUCAAUUGGUCCUGUUUACAGAAAUCUAUUGGCAGAACAUGCGUUUCCAGCCACUGAUCCUGCUUUAGGCACUGCUUGGGAAAUGUUCAGGUAA